AUGGCAACCAAGGAGGCCCUCCGCCGCACAUACACAAAAGCCCUCGCAGCCUGGCCCAAAGACCCCCUCCGCCCGACCUGCCAGCUCCAGGACGUCCUCUCGAGGCGCCUGGCCGGGUCCAACAGGUUCCCCGGGCCCGACGACAACAACACCCCAGAAACCGCCGCGGCGGCACAGGUCAACGCCGUCCUCUCCCUCCUCUCAAACAGGUACCUCACCACCUACCCGGCCGACCCGACCCCCGACUCCGCCACGGGCGGCAUGCUCAGGCCCCGCAGCAACCCCACCUACUACGACGACCUGGUGCGCGACCUCGACGCCGCGCCGACGAGGUCCUGGGCCCAGAGGGUCGGGCUCAAGCUGAGGGGGAUGUUCCGGUGGCAGUGA